UCCAAUAGAAUGGAUUUGUAAAAUGGGAUGUUAUUUCGGCAGAUAUAUUAAAAGUUUUGCUCUAGUUGGGAUAGCUUUUUAUAUAUUGGAUUAUAUCGGGAUCUUGAAACACUGCAUCGAGUUAGAUUAUGGCAGACAUUUUAAUUACCCAUCUGGUUUGCCCAGUGAUUAUAACUAUUCAUUUAUUAAUAAUGCAUCAGAAAAAUGUCGAUUGACACCCAAGUUAAUAAUAAUAGUAAAAUCUGCUGUUGAAAAUAUUGGUCGUCGGAACAUUAUUCGCCGCACUUGGGGGUUUGAACAUCGUUUUUCUGAUGUAGAAAUAAGACGUGUAUUUUUACUUGGCUUAAGUACAGAUCCGAAUAUGAGACGAAUGGUGGACAUCGAGUCAACCAAUCAAAAAGAUAUUGUGCGAAUGGGCUUUUUAGAUUCUUACUUUAACAAUACUAUCAAAACAAUGAUGGGCAUGAAAUGGGCACUUACCUACUGCAAUAAUAGUGACUUUUUUUUUUUUGUGGAUGAUGAUUAUUAUGUGUCAAUUAAAAAUGUAUUAAAAUUUGUAACCAAUCCCGAUAUGUAUCCCAAAUCUGUUAAAAAAAAAUUAAGCACAAAUAGUGAGAAAAACCAUCUUUUUUCUGGUUUUGUAUUGCAAUCACCUCCUCAUAGACACAAAUUUAGUAAGUGGUAUGUACCUCUCAGUGAAUAUCCUUUUGAUCUGUGGCCGCCAUACGUAACAGCCGGGGCAUUUGUGCUCAAUCGAAAUGCAUUAUCUAAACUAUUCUACAGUGGAAUACAUUUAAAAAGAUUUAGAUUUGAUGACAUAUUCUUGGGAAUAGCUGCCCUAAAAGCUAAUUUAACCAUGAAGCAUUGUGACAUGUUCUGCUUUAUUAAACCGGAAUAUAAAGGACCGUCCAGUUUUGAAUUUAUUAUUGCAUCACAUGGAUUUCAAAAUAGUAUAGAACUAGAGUCGAUUUGGAAUGAAUGUCGUUCAGCUGGCUUCGCAUAAUAAAUGAAAUUGGUCUUUGUGCCGACUAAUCUGUACAAGAUUUCCUAUUGAAUUUGUUUAAAAUAAAUAAUAUACAUUUUAUUGUCUAAGUAUUUAGUAUAGGUGAAAUAUAUUGGCCAACUUAUUGUCCUCGUAAGUGCCGUGAUUAAAAAAUGUUCAUAUAGGUUUAAGUUGAAUAUAUUUGGUGAGCUAAAUAAACAUAAUUUGUACAGUGAAAA